GUAAUUGGCAGUUAAAGGCUUGCUUUCCUCUGUCACAGAGCACUUUUCAUUUUCUCUUUUGUUCGCUCCCAGUUGAGCCAAAACUGUUUCACGAUCUCCCUCGAGUCUAUCUUUCUCUCUCUAAGAUUCUCUGGAUUUUUCUUCGUUUCGGUUCUCUCGCUUCAGCUCUCGCUUGCUGAAGACAGAGAGAAACCCUAGCUCUGUUCCGCAUCGGUGUAGUGAAAUGGGUUCUGAAGGAUCGACGGUCGUAGUUCCGAGAAACUUCAGAUUGUUGGAAGAACUCGAGCGAGGGGAAAAGGGAAUUGGUGAUGGAACUGUCAGUUAUGGAAUGGAUGAUGCUGAUGACAUAUUGAUGCGGUCAUGGACUGGGACCAUCAUUGGUCCUCCCAAUACUGUUCACGAGGGGCGCAUCUACCAGUUGAAACUUUUCUGCGAUGAAGACUAUCCUGAUAAUCCACCAACUGUGAGAUUCCAAACACGGAUCAACAUGACCUGUGUAAACCAGGAAACUGGAAUGGUUGCACCUAGUCAGUUUCCGAUGCUUGCUGAUUGGCAGAGAGAACACACAAUGGAGGACAUACUUACCCAGUUGAAGAAGGAAAUGAUGUCUCCUCAGAAUCGGAAGCUAGCACAGCCUCCUGAAGGCAAUGAAGAGCAAAGGGCAGACCCAAAGGGGCUGGUGCUGAGAUGUUGCAUUCUCUAAAGAAAGUGAAAUGGACAAAGACAGUAAUGUAUAUAACAUCCAUGUAGAUGAUGGCCUUCUGGCUAAGGGAUUUUUUCUUCAAAUUUGCUUUGUCUAAAGUAGGCUGGGCAAAUUAGACUGAGCAAUCCAACAUCUUGAGAUUGCUUGAUAUUAAGUGUACUUACUGAAUAUCAAUUGAGUACAUUGGUGGUACAAAUUAUUAUGAGUAUGAAGUAGAUUGCCACAUGUAGAGGUGAUGCAGCCAAUCGAGGCCAUCCAUUUGGCAGUGGUGGUUCCUAUUGAAACAUGCUUUUGUGAUGCGGCGAGAAUUGAUCAUCUCCGCAGGACCAAUGACAAGGUGGAUGGAGGCAUUUCAUGUGUGUUUAAGAAAUAUACUGGAGUCUAAUUUGUAUUGGACUGUUGAAUUUGUAUUUGUAAUUCUAGAUUGUUUUCACUGUUUCA